AUGUUUAGUAUAAGUCCAGAAAUAUAUAGUUCAAAAAUUCAGCAUGGUCCUAAUUUAUAUGCAAUCGAGUCUAUCAACGAGAUUAACAAUAUUACUAAUAAUAAUAUUAAAAGAUCCUAUGAUCUGAUUGUUGACUUGGGCUGCGGUGACGGCGGUAUUACCAAACAUUUAUUAAGCAAACAUAUCCCACAUAAACUGUUGGUCGGCAUCGAUAUCGUACCCGAUAUGAUAAGCUAUGCCCGUAAUCAUAAUACUGAUGACACCAUUGAAUAUGUAUUGCAAGACAUGGGUGUCGGUUGGCUUGAAAUGUGUCCACAGAUUAGACAAUUGGAGUCCAGAGUUAAUCUAAUAUUUUCAAACUUUACCCUACAAUAUAUGCCCGAUAAGUGGCAAUUGAUGGCCACCUGUAAUCGCUUACUGUCCAUUAGCAGUGGUGGCGGUAUAUUUCACGCCAAUGUAAUUAUAUUACCCGAUCUAAAUAAAAAACUGGUCACAAACAAUACCAAUACUACCAAUGAUCCCAACAAACUACCGAAACAAUGGUAUCAAACCAGUGAAAAACAAUUAGACGAUUGGCGUCAAAGUCUAUCGGAUAAUCACUUUCUGAUCCAUAAGUUUCAGAUUAUUGAUAGCAUUUGGCCGACAGAUAGACAGAGAAUGUUUGAUCUAAUGCCAAUAAUUCUGUCAAACUAUCGGUCAUUUUUCAAAAAUCAAUCGGAUUUUGAUAGUGAACUCAACCAUCACUUAACGGAUACAGUGUUUGACGCCUAUGUCAACCCCGACAGCUCAGAGCCCAACCCCAGAGCGUGGCAACAGUUUUUGUCAGACACUACCGUUACGGAAGUUAACCUUAACUAUCGUAUACUACGUAUUACUGCUGUUAAACAAAAUUAA